AUGAGCUUAACGUUUGAUGUAAAAACGGUUAACAUUAAUGGAAGUUCGCAUCGAAUACUUUUGCAGAACGAGAACGGUCCCUGUGCUUUGUUAGCACUCUGCAACGUGCUUCUACUUUCGCCUCAGUUAAUGCAGCAGGCAGGUCCCCUACUGGACUUGGUCUCGAGAAGCAACGAAGUAGGACUCCAUGAGAUUAUUACCACAUUAGCCAACAUCGGGGUUCAAGUGCCACGCGGUGUGAGUUCAGACGUAGAUAGACUGCUACAACUGCUGCCACAAUUGCACACAGGUCUGUCAAUCAAUCCGAUUUUUAAUGGAUCAUUUCAAGACGGAGACGAAAUGGCUCUUUUUCGACUUUUCAACGUGAGCAUUGUGCAUGGAUGGCUUGCAGAUUAUGCCGGUGAUCCAUUGCAAUACCAACAUGUUUCUAACUACUCGUAUGAGGGAGCUCAAAACGCCUUGAUCGCGGCCUAUGAUAUCCAGCACGGAAACAUCGCCGAAACACAGGAAAACGCAGCAGCAGUUCAAGAUUCGAAUUUUAUAAAGUCUUUUUUGGCAAGAUCUGCUACGCAGCUAACGGAAUGCGGCCUGGAUCAUAUGAAGGAAGUACUUUUGGAGAAUUCGUACGCCGUCAUGUUCCGCAAUGAUCAUUUCGCAACCAUUUGCAAAAGUAAUAACCAGCUAUUCACCUUAGUGACAGAUUUGGGUUUCAAGAAUGAUACUCAGGUCGUGUGGCAAUCGUUAAAAUCCGUAAAUGGUUCCCAAGACACUUUUUUCACUGGCAAUUUCCUCCCUGCAAUGUUCAAUCGCACGUCUACACAGGGUAGUUCUUUGGUACCAGGAGCCAGAGGUUCUUCCAAUAAUCCUUUUGCAGAUCCUGCAGCUUCGCAACAUGCGAGUGGUCCAGAAAAUGACCCAAAUUUCAUGACGGAUGAGCAGUAUGCCCGCCAACUACAGGAGCAGGAAGAUGCUCGGGUGGCCAGAAGUAUGCAACGUAACUAUGAAGAUACCAGAGCCUCGAGAAACGAGAAUUCGGGGACCGCGAAAAAGGGCAAAGAGUCGAAGAAAAAGGGUCCCAAAACUCGAAAACGCGAUAAACUUAAAAAGAGCUGUGUUUUAAUGUAA